AUGACUCAAAGCUAUAACUACCAAACGAGCUUUUGGGAUGAGCAAGACGCUGGCGCCAGGAUCCUGUUAGACCAUACAGCACACGGAAUUGAGUCCUGCCACAAUCUGGUGAUUUUUUAUGAAGAGCGAAGUAAACUUGAAAAGGACUACGCUAGAAGACUAAGCGCAGUCAGCGGACGAUUACACGAUGGGUUGCAAAACAGUCCCGAAUACGGGAAGCUGGGCGAAAGUUUCAAAAGUUUGCAUUCGACGCAAGAACGAUUGAGCCAAUUCCAUUCCAAAGCGGCAGUGGCUAUACACAAAGAUGGGCAUGCAGAGCUCAAACAGUUUGUUCAGCAAAUCAAAGCCCGAUACAAAACCAUUGAUAUCAAAGUUCGGAAUCUUUGCAACGACAAAAUUACCAAACGUCAGCUCUGCGAUGUACUGAAGGAAAAGCUGAACAAAGCCAACAUCGAGCUCCGGGACUGUCAACUAAAUAAGGACAAUUAUCUUGGCAAGCGCGAUUCGGAUCAAAAUGAUAGGCAGCUGCUCAAAUGGAGAAGCAUUGUGGAUGAGCUGCAACUCAAGUUGGACGUCUUGAAGCAGGAGUAUAAGGCCUCCAGCAAACACUGGCUGCACGAGUGGUCAAACCUCAGUCUUGAGCUACAAGAACUUGAGAGGACUCGAAUAGAAUUUAUCAAGCUGAAAUUGGAGCAGUUCGCGAAGCAAUGCUCGGAAAUGGCAAUGCAAGAACAGGCUAACAUGGAAAGCCUAACACAGCAGCUUGUGAAGUUCACCGCAGCCCAGGAUAUUACCAAUUUUGCAUACAACCAUGGUACAGGACGAAUAAGGGGCGCUUCGAUGGACUCUUCUACAACUACAACCUGUAAGGAAAGACCCAAUUAUAACAGUUCCAAAAUCUCAAGCAAACAUGUACAAAACGUGCGACAGCUUUCUUCUCAAUUGCAGCGAACGCGAUUAUCGGCUCACUAUGAUCAUGAAAAACCAGAGGUUCCGCAGUCAUCGUCUCGACCAAUGUCAUGCAUAGAACCCGAGCCUACCCAUCAGUGGCAUUUUGACGUCAAUCAAUUGAAAGUACCCAGCGUGACCGAGACUUCACCUGAAAACUCGACGGUAGAGGCCGCCAAGGGCAAUUACGCUGCUUACACAACCUCCGAGUCCUCUAACGAUUCGUCAAAUCCAACGGACUUUACCGCGCAUACAGGACGCCGCGCAAGUAUUGAGUCUAUGAAUACAUCAAUUUCGUCACUAGCUCAUAGUAUAGAUGACUCCAGGAGAUUUGCAAAGUCGUGGAACUCUCAAAACAGAAGAAAAUCCAAGACACGCUCUCAGCUGUUCGAUUCUUCGCAGGGCACAAGCCUAGAUGGGAACUCAAGAUCUAGCAGCAUGGAAACAACUAGAAUACAUGUCAAACCGCAAAAUGCCCAGGCUUAUGUGCCAGCGCAAAGGCGGAAGUCGAUGGUGAGGACAGAUUCUGACUCGAAUCCGUUUAAGCAGGCCCUGGAUGCUAUGAAGAAAGAAUCGGAGGGAGUGACAGAUAACGUUUCCGUAAGCAGUCGGAGUUCUUCAAAAAGCAAGCCUCUCAUACCAUUUCAUCAAUCGAGGCAUCCUACAGCAGAGCAUGACCCCAAGGCAGCCACAAAGCGCGUUAUGGACGGAGACCAGUAUGUUGAACUGCCUAGAUAUAGCAGUAACGGCGAGGAGGUCAUUCAGUAUGCCAAAGCGCUUUACACAUUUAUGGACGCCAAUGAGCAGAUGAUUGUGAAUUUCCGUGCUGGCGAUUUUCUUCUAUUAACUGAGAAGCUCGACAAUGACUGGUUUAUUGGUGAAGUUCUGGAUACUGCACAUAUUGACCCCAAGUACAGACAUGGCAUCAUUCCACACAAUUACAUUGAGCUAUUAAUAUGA